UUGAUGAAAAAAAGGCAAAUGUUUUUUCAUUCGAAUCUAAAUAUUGAUGAUGAUCAAUCUUGUGACACUAAACAACAUCGAUCAUGUGACAAAAUUAUACACACAUCAUCAUCAUCAUCAUCAAUAUUUAGACGCAGAAAUUACAAUCCCAUAUUGCAAUAACAACUAUACUAGGAGGAUUUUCAAUACAAAAAGCGAUUUUGUUUUAUCGUCGAGGGUUUUUUUUUGAUCCAGGAUUGAUUUGUUUUUAUCUUUAUUGGCAACAUCAUAUGUUGCGUAAUUGACUGUCAUGUUUUCUUCUUUUUUUUGAAAAACUGGCUGUAAAUCAUUUAUUUUGCGAUUGUAACAAUGGAUCGGUGGUAAAAAUAAAAUACAUCCGAUGAUUCAACGAUCAUCAUCAUCAUCAUAAAUCAAUGAUUUAAUUAUUUAUGCUGUAGUUUGCAUCCAUGAAAGAAAAUCCUUGGUUAAAAAAAUCAAUAAUUUUGACUGAAUUUAUCAUCAUUUUCAAAUAUAUAAUAGAAUAGAAUGGCAUAAUAUCAAGGUAACAAAAAAAAGUCCUAGUGUUUAUGAACAAGACAAAAAUAUUUCAAACGAAACGAUUAAAGCACUUGCACUGCUAAUGCGCUGUUCGAAUGUAUGUCCUCUUUUUUAAGGCCUUAACAACAACAGCAUGGCUCCACCUUUUUUUUUUACCCGAACCACCUCGCCUAUACAUUUUUCUAUAUAUAUUUUUAAAAUGAAUGUGUGCAAACGUGACAAAAUGUAGUUUUUUUUUCUAUAUGUACUGCAUAUCACACACACAAAAAAACGACUAAAAGUCGUUGCUCACUCGCUCAUUGCUAUUUCCAUUGUUUUCAUCAUUUCCAUCGACAUCGUCAUCGUUUAUAUCCUUGUAUCUUAAGCAUCCUUUGUGUUUUUUUUUUUUUUUUUUAUAGAAAAAACGUCGUCAUUUCAAUUUCAAAAAAAAGAUAAAAAUAUAAAUUCAACGAUGAUUUUCAUGUACACACACCUACAAUAUACCUAACUAAAUUAAAACAUUUAUUAAUGUAUUAUAAUUAUUCACUUUUGUUUUUUGGAUUAUUAAAAUUAUAAUUUCAAAAUAUUACAUCAUCAUCAUCAUUUCUUGUGAUUCGAUAAAUAAUCGCAGAUUACAUACACAAUUAACAACAAAGAUUCAACAUCAACGACUAAAAAGUUUUAGUUUUUUGUGUUUGUGUUUGUGUGUGUGUGUGUGUUUUAAAUCACAUCACAUCAUUACGUUUUAUUGAUUUUUGGAAUUCGUUUAAUUUUUCCAUUUCAUUUUAUUCGAUCUCCAGAUCGGCCAAUCUUAUUCUUUGCAUCCGUUUUUUCAUUGAAAUCCUUCGACGUUAAAGAGGAUAUAAUCCUUUUUUUCUAUUUAUACCUAUACACACGAUAAUUGAUUUUUCUAUAAAUUUGAAGCCAAUAUUCGCUAAAUUAUUCAAGAGCAUUAAGACACACAUAUUCCAAUUUAAAUAUUUGACGGAUUUGUGUUUGUUGUUGGUGUUUUUGACACACACAUCCACUAAAAUUGGUCGCCAAUUUUAUAAGAAAACCAAACCGCCGUUUGUCUCAAUCAAUAAUCGAAUUAUUUUUAUAUAAUAUCGAUGCAUUGUGGACGACAUAUGUUUCAAUCGACAACGACGACAAUUGUAAGAAAUUCAUCAACAUCAUCAUUAGUAUCAGGAACAAAUAACUUGGCUACAUUGAAAAGAAUAAAAGAGAAAAUGAUUCGUAUAUCAAGACAACAACCAACGGCGGCAGCCCAUCAUCAUACGAUGCGUUCACCACAAAAAUCAUCACCACCGUUGAACAAUGGCACUAUGGAUCAAUAUGUCCAUCAUCAUCAUAAUGGACAUCAGAAUAAUCGAUUUCGUAAUAAAAAACAUGAUUCUAUGCAACAAUCCAACAAUGUUAAUAAUAACAAUAAUCAUAAAGCUAAUAAUAAUAAUCAUCAUGUAAAAUUUCGUUCUUCACCACAUCAUCAUCAUCAACAUAAUCAAAAUCAUCAUGCCAAGUCCUUGAUGAUAAAUAGAACUUCACCAUUGAAAGAGAUACAGGCAUCAAAUUCGAAUGUAAAAAAAUUCUAUGAUUCAUUGAAUGUCGAUAGUUUUCAUCAACAACAUAAUCAUAAUCAUCAUUCAUUGAUUGAUAAUAAUAAAAAUGCUUCUACAUCAACAAUGACAAUGAAAACGGAAAUGAUGAAAAAUCUAUUUGCUGGUUCGAAAUCCUAUGUGACACCAUCGCCUUCGGAUUUGCCUAAACCACCACAGAAUUGGAUGACAAUUGUUAUGAAUAAUAAUAAUAAUAACAAUAAGGAAUUGAAUGAUGGGACCAUUAACAAUGUUGUUAUUGAUGAUGAUAAGAAUGAUGAUCGUAAAUCACCUAUUAGCAAACAACAAUUAGCAUCGACGACAAAAACAUCCAUUAAAUUCGAAGAUUUAAUUCGAUUGAAAACAGUUGAUACAACAACAGUACAUUCGAUUGCUGGAAAUGGUGUUAAAUGUGGUGAUUCAAAGAAGGAAACGAAAUCUAAACAACAACAACAAAAACAGCCAACAAAUCCAAAAAUAAUGGCCAUAUUCAAACAACAGCAGCAACCGAUAACGGCACUGGCCAAUACUAGAUUAAUCAAACAAUAUUGAUCAAAAUAUCAAUUAUUGAUCCCUAUUUUAUUCACAAAAAUCCAUCUGUUUUUGAUGCAUGGAUGUGUGUAGUAUCUAAUUUAUACUGGUGUAUAUAGAGAUCAAUUGUUGACUGUAAAAAAGCUAUUCGUUUUCUUUGUUUAAUUUGUUUUUGGCAUUUCGUUUUUCACAUCCAAAAUCAUCACUUAUGUUUCGACGACAACAAAAUCACGCAUCAAGAAUUAUGAAUUUUGUCAAGAAAUUUGCUCUUUUUUCCGUUUUUUUUUUUUUUUUCCAUACGUGUAAAUAAUGUUAUCCAUCAUUAUCAUCAAGAUUAAUUUGCAACAAUUUGAAAAAGAUUGAGAAUAUUUAUUCUCAUUAUUCAUACAUUAUUUGGUCAAUCAAUCAAUCAUUUAAUGAGAAUUUAUUGCGACAAGCAAAAUUUGUUUUUAUGAUGAUUGAACCAUCACUUGAAAAAAUCUAUUUUAAAGAUAUGUAUUCAAUCUUUAUGGUAAUUGCUAAAUGAAUAUAUAUAAAAUAUAAUGAAUUUCAAAAAACCCACCAACUAAUAUAAUGUAAUCAUAAUUAUAUAUGACCAAAAUUUGCAUCAUCAACAACAACUAUAACAAAAACACACACACACUUUGUAAAUUUUUUUUUUGUUUCUCAAAGAAAAGAAAA